AUGAUACUUAAUGACAGUUACCUAUUAUUUAUCUCUCCCCAGCCUACGAAGGACCCUUCAACUUUGAACAAAUACGAGCAAUUUACUGAAGUGGUGGAAGCGCUGACGGCGUCAGGAGACCUCUUCGCUAGGUUCGGUUCCGACGUGUACCUGUUCUCACUGGGGCUGUUUGUAUUACCGGAGUUCCGAGGGCUUGGGAUUGCAACAUACUUACUGAAAUCUAGAAUUACAAUGUGCCGAGCCCUAGGGCUCCGCGGGACGGGCAAUGUGUUCUCGACCCCGGGCGCGCAGGCGGCGGCGCGCUCUGCUGGUUAUCGAGAGGUCGCCGCGCGCGUCUAUAAUGGACAGAAACUUGCUCUGAUGGCUGCCGAUGUGCUAUGA